AUCCAUACGAAGUAUGCAGCACAGCCUUAACCUUGUUGACCAGAAGAGCUCUCCUCGCUGCCUUUUCAAGAUCCACGUCAGACCAACGCACUUGACAACUGGGUGGUAUCGUAACAAGGCUUGCGUCGGUUAGUGUAUCUAGGGGUCUUCUGCCUGGCGCGACUCGUGGCUGGUCAAGACAAUCGACCGCAGCAAGGCCACGUCGCGAAGCUAAGCUCUGUGAGACCCUGACGAAAGCCGAGUCAUCGUGUCACGCCGUGUCGCCUUCUCGUCGGUCCCUACAUAUACACGUCUUUGCGCUCAGCUCAUCCCUUCAAGGGACUGGCACGGGCGAAACGUUGACUGGAGGAGCGCCUCGAAACCUUGGUUGUGCUCAUUACCUCAAGCCAGCAGGCAGCUGAUUCAACAUGGCUUACAAUGACGAUUCUGUGUUGGCCCGGCUCUCUUCAUUGAAUGAAAGCCACGACAGUAUUGCCACUGCAGCUCAAUGGAUCAUGUUUCACCGGAGGCACGCAGACCGCACGGUGCAGUUGUGGAUGCAGCGGCUCAAGGACUCAUCUAGCACCAAGCGCCUGAGCCUCGUGUAUCUCGCAAACGAGGUCGUCCAGCAGUCAAGAAUACGACAUAAGGAAGAUUUUGUUAUUGCAUUUUCGCCCGUCGUUGCCGAAGCCACGGCCAUCGCUUACAAGGGCGCUCCCGCCGAGAUACAGGCCAAACUUCGGCGCGUGAUUGAUGUCUGGAAGGACAGGACUAUUUUCGAAGCGCCUAUCCAAGCCGCAAUCGAAUCCAGACUCGAUGAGCUUGACAGAUCACGUGGUACCGCCAAACCAGGGUUUACAGGGUCACCUUUUGGGGGAGGCUCAUCAGUUCCAAGCGAGUUCGCACCUCUGGUGACUGCUCAUCAAAAGGUAGCAAAGCUCAGUGAUCCGUUGAAAGGGACGAUUGCUUCCGCAAACCAAGAAUACGACAAGCAGACGGACCCCAACACAGCCGUUCCCUCCGCCCCGGUGUACGCUGCUCGACUAAAUGGCCUCCUGAAGACGCUCGCCAAUGCCGAGAGCGCGGUGGCGGAAUGCGUCAAAGCCCGUGAGGGGCUCGUCUCAGGCCUAGAGAAGCUGUUGGAAGCUAACAGAACGGCCCUGGAGAGCGACAAGUCCACGGUUGAAGAGUUCAGGAAGCGAAAGACGGAGAUUGAGGAAAAGAAGCAGCAGGUCGAACUGGCUAUUAUGCGUGCGCUGGGGCCAGCGGAGGGUAACGGCUCACCCGAGGAGGGUGGAAUAACAAGCCCACCACCCGAGCCGGACCGACCAGAGAUGGAAGCCUUGACACCGCCCUCGAUGGAUGAGGAACCUGCGGUGAUUGCAGAGCCAUCUGCUCGAGAAGAUGGUUCGUCUGCGCCAGCCACCGCGGCGGAAUUGUCGGUGUCCCCCGUCGAUACCCCACCGUCGUAUCACUCGGUCCCAAUCUCGACUAAUGGAUCCAACAAGAGGCGACGAGUGGAUGAUUCUGGAGAGUUCCCUGACCUCGGCGGCGACGAUGAGAUAGAUGCAGACGUUGCUGCAAUGCUCAAAGAGCAGUGAGACUCACAAGGGACUUGCAAAUGGAGGAAGGGGGAAGGAUCUAGCCAGUCGUGUUACUUCAAGCUGCUCAACGUGCGCAAACGUGGCACAGUUUAUUCAGACACGAAUGUACCAUAAGCUGUAUCGUCUUUGUUACUAUUAUCAUCAUCAUCA